AUGUGGAUCAGUGUGCGAGACCGCCUGGCUCGCCUCAUCGACCUCUUCUGGGAUGACCUGACGCUGUACAUCGAGUCGGUGGUCUUUGAUGCCCAGGAGCAGAUCCUCAACCGGGCUGCAGACCACCGGGCUUUAGCUGAGCUAGGGCCGCAGCCGAUGUGUUGUGGGCCUCGCUGGCUCCGGGCCAAGCUCUUGUACAGCUACUUGCCCUUUGAUAUCUCGAUCUUCGGGCAGAUCAAGAGCCCAUUCUUUCUUUUGCUGACCGUCAUCAGCAUCACUCCCAUGUUCGGCAUCCGAGUCGCCUUCUUUACCCUCAUCCUUCUUUUGAUUAUUGCUGGGCGUCCGCCGGAUGAAUAUCAGAUGGUCACAUUCAUCCUCACCUUCAAAGGCGCCCAGUUCCUCUCCUCCGGAGUCUUCAUGGCGUGCCUGGCUGCGGUGAAAUACUACAUGUGUGUGAAGCCAGGAGGCACCCACACCUGCGACACGGAGGGUCCGGGUGUGAGCCAAGACCUUGUGACGAGUUCCGUGGACUUCUUUGGCAGCUGUCUGUUGGUUUGGAUUGCCUUUUUGCUGCUCCCCUGCAGCCGCAGCUUUGGUGGAGUUCGCGACAUUGCGGAGGAGAAGGAGUCGAAGUCACCGCUGCUCGAGGUCUCAGGUUGCUGCCACGACUACGACCCGGGCCGUGGUGGGCGGCUAGCAGGACUGCUGGGCUAUGACCUUUGCUGCUUCCUGGUGAGUUGUGGAUUGAUUUACUACCUCACGAUGCUCGACGUGGCCAGCCGUGGAGAGUUGCAAAAUGCGCUCGACCAAGAUCUCCUGGUGGACCUCCAGCGCUGGCAAUUCCGCUCGCGCGUUUUCUUCGGCCGAGACUUGGAGAGAUUCUUUGGUCUCAUGGCUCUCAGCGCGGCUACCUGGGAGCUGAUCAACUUCAAAACUCAAAAGACAUGGCCGAAGUGCCAACUCAGCAAAAAGGGUCUUGUGACCGCAGAUCUCCUUGCACCGCUGAUCUCCAGUGCGGCCAACCACGCGCGGAGAGCUGGCACAGCCCGACAGGCGGAAUCUCAGGAUAUUCAGCAGGUGCUCUCGAAGAUCAAGGACCAGAUCAUGCAGGGCAAAGUGGGCGAACGGGGCGAGGAAUAUGUGGCUGCUCAGGUCUUCCUAUUGCUUUGCAUCUUGGUUGGCACCGUGCCCUUCCUGGGGGGUUCCUUGUUUUUCUUGGCGGGCCCCGUCUGCGUGCUCGCGGGCGCUGCUGCGAUUGCUGCAGCCCUCUACGAGCUGGGCGGCGGUUUGUCACCCUGGGUGGUGCCUCCUGAGAAGUCCGAGUUGAAGACGGGGGGCAUCUUCGAGUAUGUCCGUCAUCCCAUUUACGGUGGUUUGCUUCUGCUCUGCUUUGGGGCCGCCAUUGUGAGCAACAGAAGCUCGGCCGAGCUUCGCUGGGGGGGGAUGGAGGUUAGAGACGUGUCAACGAAGCGCCUGCAAGCCAAGAACUACAAAAACGCUAUACUUGGUGUUUUCGUUCAAUGUUCCCGACCAUGUGGGAUGGGGGAUGACAGGUGUGGGGCUUAUCAGCAUGUUGCAGCACGUUGCAUUGAAAACGCAGAGUUGCUGGGGCGAUGUGCGGAGAUAUUCUUUUCGGGUUCUGAUCGACCGGGUGUUGGUGAGCUUCGUUGCAACGUCGUUCUUGCAGGUGCCAUGUGCCAAGCACUGUGCAGUUCGAGUUGCAAGAGCCAUCUCCACAUGAUUUUUGAGAAAUGGGGUUUUCCUUCCUAUUUGGACAGCUUUAUGAGUUGA